CCAUCGCAGCAGUGCCACUAAUAGUGGAAGAUACCAAACUCAUAUCUAAACAGAGUUAUCACAACAGUGACACUCUAUUGGGUUUGGGAGCAAGACUAGGAAACUUUUUGAGACAGGCAGAUCGAGCUCCCAAACAGAGUUCUGUCAUCAACUCAGCAGUGCAACUUCGACCGAGCCAAAUUGGUUGCUACAUUUAUAGUGCACCCUUCCAGCAGGUGACUUCCUAUUACUACUUUGAUAUUUUGGAGGGGCUGCGCAUACUUUGAUGCUUGCAGUCCAGACGACGUUCUGCGGUGGGAGGGGGAAAACGCGGUAUCGAGGAACGCUCUUGGACUUUAAUCAGGAGAAAUCUUCGAGAGUCAUCGUGUUUGAGCAUUGGAGCAAUGGCGUGGAAUGGUUUUUGAGAGAUUAUGUGUUGGAUUUUUAUUUGAAAAGUUUGGAACUUUUGAGCUGGAUUAGCAGGAAUCAUUUGGAUUUCAUAUGGACCAGAGACAAGGAUAGAUUUGAACUCAAAAUGGCCACCGAUUCAUUACUGACAAGCCGACCUCCCUGGGAUGAUGGCAGCCAUUCGUACGGCAUCAACAACUACGCAGAGCGGGCUUUCUUGGCUACUCUCUACUGCAUCAUCGGUGUGGUGGGUAUCGUGGGAAAUCUCUUUGUGAUGGCCGCCGUGCUCCUGUCCAGGAAGCUGCAGACCGCUACAAACGUCUUCAUCAUCAGCCUCAGUGUGACAGAUUUAUUAGUCUCCAUUGUCCAGCCUUUCCAGGCUGUCGGGUUGCUUGGCCCAAACGGUUGGCCGCUGCAUCCUGCCAUUUGCGCUAUCGUGGGGUCAAUUGUAGUGACCGCAGUUAGCUGCAGCGUGUUGACCCUGGCCUUAAUCGCAAUCAACCGCUAUAUCUUAAUCACUAGAUCAAGGAAGGAUUACAGGCGAAUAUACACACCGUCCAAGAUGGCCCUGAUGGUCAUUCUCUCGUGGAUGUACCCAAUAGUGACGUUAGUCGUACCUCAAGCUGCGGGUCAGGGGAAACUGGGUUUCGAUGUCAACUCACGACUCUGCGCUUGGGACUUUAUGCACCCGAUCGCCUAUGUCUACCAGAUUCUCGCUGGUAUUCUCUCAAUGGUGUCUUUCAUGUUGAUUGUCAUGAGCUACACGUUCAUUUACAGACAUGUGAGGGAGCACGUUCGGAACACUUUGGCAACGGCAAACAAAGCAAAGUCGUCUCCGUCAGGACCAACACCAAAAAAAUCUCAGGAGAAGACGGAGAAGGUUCCACCUGCUAAAAAGGAACCUGGACAAAAAAAGGAACCUGGACAAAAGAAGGUGCACAAGCCGACGCGACUUGACAUCACCAUCACAAAGAACCUCUUGUAUGUCAUCUGCGGAUUCUUCAUGUGCGUCUUGCCCUACACCGUCCUCCUCUUUGCAACGACUUUCGUGUCGAGUCCCGGUCUUAUCUCGCACGUGUCAUCCUACCUGGCCCUGGUCUUGGUCCUCGACAGCUGUCUGAACCCCAUCAUCUAUGCUCUGAAGCAUCCAAACUUCAAGAUCGUCUUUGGAUGCAUGGUGCGCUGCGAAUUUACCCGCAUACCAGAACCUUCUCGAUUCCUGAGGAGGUUCUUGAGUAGUUCCACAUUAACUGAUAAUGACAAUGAGGCAAGAUCAAGGCAGUCAAAUACAGAGACGAGUCUGUCAGGCAUGCACACAUCGUCAUGCUGAAUACUGCGAUGUGACGUGACUGAUAAACAUUUGUGGAGAAACUGACUCUCAUUAAUUAUUUAUCUCAUCGUAUAACUGCUUGGUGUGAGAAAGUCCACAGGAAUGGACAAAAGCUUUCCUAGAAAGGGU